CCCUAGUCCGGCUUCGGCUAAGCGCUAAAGGAUGCCUGAACGCGACCGAACUCGAGAACGUACAUGACUUCAAUUUCAACCAUGCGUUCAUAAAGAGCCAAUGAUUCUUCGAUUUUCUCCAGCGACAACCUUCCGCCAGCGCUGUCUGAGCUUGGUCUACAGCAACUUCGAUCGUUACAUGCAACAAUAGAACCAAACGAUCAACAGGCACCAAAUAACUCGACUCGACUGACGGUACUUGAUUCGAGGUUAUCAGCAAGUACUCGCAUCCAACAGUCCAAGAUGGCGUCCCCUGAACCACAACGAACUGCCUUUCCAAAUGGUUCUUAUGGCAAUCUUCUCAAUCGCGAGAACACCCCUGCUACCACGUCUGCCAUCAAUGGAGCUCAGCCAAAUGGCCAGUAUACUUUUCGAGCACCUUCUCCACCACACAUUCACAUCCCCCAGGCGAACGAAGACCCAAAUUUCCUGAGAAACGUUCCUGCAAAUCGCGAGUACUCCGACGACGAACAAGCAAUCCUGGCUCGAGUUGUCGCAGUACAGCAUUCCCUACCUGCCGCGGUAGAUUGGAGAUACGAGUUGCGCCGCAAAGCACAGCAAAUCCUGCCGUUUCUCUAUCUGGGUCCUUCUUCCAGCGCUCGCGAUAUCGAAUCACUGAGAGCAGAGGGAAUCACUAUGCUUCUCGUUAUUCGGAAUACAAUGACAGCGCAAGCAAGCCUGUUGAGCGGCGAAAAGGUGGCAAAGCAACUUGGAAUCCAAUCGGCCGCAGUGGACGUAGCUGGCAACCAAGAGCUAAUCGCCGCUUUCCCACGGGCAACAAAAACGAUCAACGAUCACCUCAUCUCGAGCUACCGUCGACUUGCGUGCGAUGAUGAUGCUCAAAAUGGCCGAAAUACAUGGGGAAAGGUCCUCGUAUUCUGCGAGUCAGGCAAUGAACGAUCAGCAGCUGUCGUUGCAGCGUAUGUGAUGAGCACGUUCGCGCUAGACAUGGUAACAGCAUUACAAUAUGUCCAGUCUCAACGAUUCUGUGUUGCUUAUGACGAUGGCCUUAAGAACCUCCUCCAAGCUUACGACGAUAUUCUGAGUGCUCGGAGAAGUGUGUCUCGUGGCACAUCCGCAGCACCACAAGUGCCUGCGACCCAAGCCAAAAGACGGCGUGAUGACGUCGACGAGGAUGAGGAUAUGGAUAUGGGUACCAUGGACGUAGAUCGAGCAGACGAUAUGGAACGAUUUGCCGGCCGCAGUUCAUAUGCACCUUUUCUUGAUGUUUCCUGAACGAACAUACUGUGUGCAUUAAUUUGGGUGGCGUUAGGGGUGCAUGAUAGACAUGAAUGAGGCGUACGGCAGGCUGUACAGAAUUUGCAUUUGUUUGACUGAGCAAGAAUUGGUUGAUACCCUAUGUUAUGCUGCGGAACGGAGUAUGUGUGUUAAGAAGUCUGCAAGCAUGUGUAAAUAGGGAACAGCAACCAUAAAGAGAUACAUCCAGAGUAGCCUUCUUGUGUGUAGAAGUAUUCAUUGCUAAAUUUUAAGAGUCCG